AAUCGGAAGCUUGUGAUUUGGCGCUGAGCGAGACAGACAAGGCCCAAAGCAGGGUGCUUUUGUUACAGCUGAAGGAAGAGGGAGCCAGUAAAAUGAAAAUACAUAAGGGGGCGAGAUCAUUCCCACCAAGAUUCCGCAAAAUACUAGGCCUUAGGUUCUACAGCAAAUAGACAAGACAUGGGGACCGAGCAGUGACCGUAAAUUGCCCCUAUUAAUGAAUUGCGUUAGAAACGGAGAGGCCUGCAUUCUAAUAUUUUCCCAAGAUUUUUUAUUUUAUCCCUUUUUGUAAUUUGCACAAGGAAGCGCAGAUAUCUGGUGUAUGUGUUUAGAAUGGGACACGCUGAAGGUCCAGCCAGAGAACAGGACAGUUAAGGAUGCAGGAGCACAACAAUGGAUUUCUCCUUUUCUUUCAUGCAAGGGAUCAUGGGAAAUACAAUUCAGCAACCCCCUCAGCUCAUUGACUCAGCCAACAUCCGUCAGGAGGGCGCCUACGACACCGGUAGCGAUGAGGGCGGAGGCCCCUCCUACGACACUGCCCUGGAAGCAGAGUUCUCCUACCCGCCCUCGGCCUCCGAGGACAUGCCCCCAGUCUCCAACGGUUACCCUCCUGGGUUGGGGCUGUACGAGCCCCAGGCCAAGUUCUCCAUGUACCCCCAGUUUCCCAAUGGCUCGGCCAACGGCUAUGGGGCCAUCCGGGGCUACGGAGAGCACUGCCUCAUGCCUGGGGAGGGAACGGUCCUGAGGGCCCCUGUCCUCCAAGAGAGACCCUGCUCCCCUCUGUCUCCUCCUCCACCUUCACACCACCCACACCCCCACCUCCACCUCCAUCACCCUCAUUACCACCAUCCUCAUCACUACCACCCUCAACCUCACCCACAUCCCUACCCUCACAGCCCUCUGCCCCUGCCCUCCCAACACCACCUCCCCCCACCACCUCACCUCAUGUCCCACGUUCUCCCCCCUCCUCCCCCGUUACUCUUGCCCUCCACCAGCCCUCCCCCCUCCCUGCUGGACAGCACCUCCUCCUCACACCCCCCUCACACCCCCCCUGCUCCCUCCAGUGGGAUCCUGAAGAAGACCAGCUCUCCAGAGAUCAAACUGAAGAUCAUAAAGACGUACCAGAACGGGAGAGAGCUGUUUGAGUCUGCUCUGUGUGGAGACCUGCUGCAGGAGUCCCAGGCCAGCGAGGACUCCCAGACCCACAGCAGACACGAGAUGAAGAAGGAUAAUAGGAAAAAUACAGCCAGGCUGCUGGAGCAAGAAGAAGGGCAGGAGCAAGACCAGGAGCAGGAACAGGGGGAAACUAUAGGGCAGGCCAGGGACAUCCAGACCCAGCCACAGCCCCAGACCCACACCCAGGCCCAGACCCCCACCCAGCCACAGGAGCUGCCUGUGGGGCAGACUGAGAAGCCACAGAAGACCCCCAUCAAAGCAGAGCCCAAGGCACCUAAGGUCCAGAAGCAGUACCCUACAGUGAUAACAGGUACAGGUUGCUAUAAGAACCACGAGGUGGGGGACCUGGUGUGGGCCAAAGUGGGUACCUACCCCUGGUGGCCCUGCAUGGUCUCCUGUGACCCCCAGAUGAACGUCCACACACGCAUCAACACCCGAGGUCACAGAGAGUACCAUGUGCAGUUCUUUGGCAGUGUGGCAGAACGGGCCUGGGUCCAUGAGAAGAGAGUGGUCAUGUACCAGGGAGAACACCAGUUUGAUGAGCUGCAGGCUGAGACUCUACGCAAGACCACCAAGACAGCAGAGAGACACAAGCUGAUGAAGCCCUUCCCCCAGAGAGAGCGUGCUCAGUGGGAGGUGGGCGUCGGCCAUGCAGAGGACGCCUUCCUGAUGACGCAGCAGGAACGCAUCGACAACUAUACCUUCAUCUAUGUCGACCCAGACCCCAACGCCCCCCCGCCCACCAAGAAGACCCCUGUCAGGGCUGCCAGCCGCACCCAAAGCUCCUCCAGCUCAACCAGUAAGAAAGAAGAAGGAGCAGUGACAUCACCAGACCGGGCGGAGCCAGCCAGAAGACAGCCUCGUAGGCAGUGUAGUGUUCCUAAUGCAGACAACCCAGCCGACCUCAAAAUCCCGGAGGGGGAAAAGGACCAGAGCGGGGACCCUGGACAGCCCAUCCCCCCAGCCCGGAAGACCCAGUCUGAAGCAGGGGGAACCCAGGAGUCCUGUGCCCCGGUACGAGCCUGGAAGACAGCCGCUGCCAGGAAGCUGCUGCCUCUCUCCAUCACAAUGAAGAAACUGAAUGUAAAGAUCACCAAGUGUGACCAAAUGUGGCCUCUGCUACAGAGGAAGUCCCUGCCCUCACCACAGAGGGAAAGAGAGGUGGAGAGGGAUGAGGGAGAGGGCCGGCAGGCUGACCUGGGAUCUUUUUCACCAGAGCAGGGCUCUAGAGUUAAGCCAGAACCCAGUCCAGAGGAAGAGGGUUAUGAGGGAGAGGAGAGAAAGGAGAAGGAGGAGAAGAGAAGUGAACAGGAAGCAGCACAGCACACCUCCUCUCCUGGGUCUCAGCACAGCACCCCACCAGGUUCUCAGGAGCGUAAGCAGCAGCGCAGGUCAGUGAGGAGCAGAUCUGAGUCAGAGAAAGGCUGUGAGGCCGUUCCCAAGAAGAAGACCAAAAAGGAACAGGCUGAGAUGGCUCCUGAGACCACUCUGAGAACAGGCUCACAGAAAGGAGCCAGUGAGAUCUCGGAUGCCUGUAAGCCUCUGAAGAAACGCAGCAGAGCCUCCACAGACGUAGAGAUGGCCUCCUCUCAGUACAGAGACACAUCCGACUCUGACUCUAGAGGCCUCAACGACCCCCAGAGUCUGUUUGGGAAGAGUUUGGACAGCCCAGCAGCAGUAGAUGCCGACGCGUCAGACAGCCAGUCAGUGGACUCCAGUCUGUCCAGACAAGGAAGCAGCACAGCCAAGAGAGACACUGUCUGCCAGAUCUGUGAAGUGUAUGGAGAGGGUCUGGUGUCGUGUGAGGGGGACUGCUGUCGGCUAUUCCAUCUGGAGUGCCUGGGCCUCACCUUCCUACCUGAGGGCACAUUUACCUGUCUGGAAUGUAGAAACGGCUCUCACUCGUGUUUCAGCUGUAAGACGGGGGGAGGGGAGGUGUUGCGCUGCUCUGUGGUUGGCUGCGGGCGAUAUUACCAUGAUGACUGCGUGCACAAACUCCCUGGUACUGUGGGGGGUGGUACGGGCCGGGGGUUCCACUGCCCCCAACAUACCUGCACCACCUGCUGCCUGGAGAGAGACCUGCACCAAGCUGCCAAAGGACAUAUGAUGCGUUGUCUGCGCUGCCCGGUGGCGUACCACACAGGGGACAGCUGCGUUGCAGCGGGCAGUGUGGUCCUCACCCACCACAUCAUGAUCUGCAGCAGCCAUGGCAUCACCAAGAGGAACGGCCUCCUCUCCUCACCCGUCAACGUGACCUGGUGCUUCCUCUGUGCCCGAGGACUGUUAGUGCAGGACCUUACUGACAUCAUAUUAAGUUCAUAUGCCUAUAAGUCCCACUACCUUCUGACUGAGUCAAAUCGUGCUGAGUUGAAAUUACCUAUGAUUCCCUCUUCUUGGACAGCUACCAAAAAGAAUAUUGGGAAAGGAGAGAAGCUGCUGUGCUGUGCAUUGUGCCCGGCGUCGUUCCACCCAGAGUGUUUGGAGAUGGAGAUGCCAGAGGGGGCGUGGUCCUGCAGGGAGUGUAGGGCAGGAAAGAAACCCCACUACAAACAGAUCGUCUGGGUCAAACUGGGAAACUACAGGUGGUGGCCAGCGGAGAUCUGUAACCCUCGCCUGGUGCCUCCCAACAUCCAGACGCUCCGUCACGACAUCGGAGAAUUCCCCGUCUUCUUCUUUGGUUCCCAUGACUACUACUGGAUCAACCAGGGCCGUGUGUUCCCCUACGUGGAGAAUGACAAAACCCCUGUCACUGGCCAAAUCAACAUCAACAAGACCUUCAAGAAAGCUCUGGAGGAGGCUGCUCGCAGGUUCCAGGAGCUCAAGGCUCAGAGGGAGAGCAGGGAGGCCCUGGAGCAGGAACGCAACUCACGCAAACCCUCACCAUACAAGUUCAUCAAGUCCAACAAGCCAGUGGGAAAGGUGCAGGUGCACAUAGCCGACCUGUCAGAAAUCCCACGAUGCAACUGUAAACCCACAGACCAACACCCCUGCAGCCUGGACUCCCAAUGUCUCAACCGCAUGCUGCAGUAUGAGUGUCACUCACAGGUGUGUCCAGCAGGUGAUAGCUGUGAGAACCAAUGCUUCUCGAAGCGUCUGUACUCUGAGACAGAGGUCAUUAAGACAGAGGGUUGUGGCUGGGGCCUCAAGACCAACCAGGCCCUCAGGAAGGGAGAUUUUGUGACAGAGUACGUGGGAGAGGUGAUAGAUUCAGAGGAGUGCCAGCAGCGAAUCAAACGCGCUCAUGAGAACCACGUGACCGACUUCUACAUGCUCACUCUCACCAAGGACCGGGUGAUAGAUGCCGGGCCCAAAGGGAACUCCUCUCGCUUCAUUAACCACAGCUGCAGCCCCAACUGUGAGACACAGAAAUGGACUGUCAACGGAGACAUACGCAUAGGCCUCUUCACCCUGUGUGACAUGGAGGCUGGCACUGAGCUGACGUUUAACUAUAAUCUGGACCUUAUGGGUAACAGAAGGUCGUCGUGCCACUGUGGUGCUGAGAACUGCUCUGGCUUCCUGGGGGUGCGGCCUACGAGUGCGGUGGUGGAGGAGAAGGCGAGGAACGCUAAACUGAAGCCCAAGAAGCGUAAGCUGCGACCGGAGGGGAAACACACACAUGAGUACAUCUGUUUCUGCUGUGGAGAGGGAGGAGAGCUGGUCAUGUGUGACAAGAAGGACUGUCCUAAAGCUUACCACCUGCUGUGUCUCAACCUCACCAAACCUCCAUAUGGCCGUUGGGAGUGCCCGUGGCAUGACUGCAGUGUGUGUGGUGUCCUAGCCUCAUCCCUCUGUGACUUCUGCCCUCGCUCCUUCUGCCGGGAUCAUGAAGGGGGGGCUCUCAGCCCCUCUACCCUAGAGGGCCGCCCCUGCUGCUCCAAACACAACCCCCUCAGUCCCCUGGGCCCCAACACCAACCCUGCACACACUCACACACACCCCCCUGGCACGGUCAGCGUCAAAGAGGAGCCACAGGACCCUGAGGAGGAGCACAGCCAGUAGGACUGAGAGUGAAGCUAUCUCAAAUAGCACCCUAAUUCCUAUAUAGUGCACUAGAAAUGUAGCACUAUACCUUUAUGGAAUAGGGUGUGAUUAGAGAUGUGCCCUCAGGUGAGAGAGACCAGAAUUGCAGCCACCAGUUACACUUGAGAUUCUCAUGGGCUGGUGUGAGCGGUGAGAGUUGUUCUAUACCAGAGAUCGGAGCAGAGCUCCUCUGUGUCUAAGGAAAGUGGGGGUGGAGGAGAGGGCAAGGGGAGAUGGAGAGGUGCCCUGCCUUUUUCUCCGGCCACUGACAUCCCCCCAAACACCCAGUGUUUCAGUUUCAACACUUCAUGAUUCUGUCAUUUCUAGAGGCGUGGAAACUCCGUUAGUGUUCUUAUGUUCUUGGUUAAUCAGCACUUUGAAUAACUCAGUGAGGGGGAAGAAGAGGGGGUGUAUAAACCUCCCUCCAUCAUGCUGCUUUUCUCUUUGUUUACUUCCUGUGAGCUGGGGUUGCUUGGCGCCCGUUGCCAGAGGCCAGGUGCCGUUUCACGCCCUUAGAAGGCUUUGCUGUGUGUUGAUGAGACAGCAGAGCCAGGCCCAACACUCCUCAACACUCCAAACAUGAUCUAUUAUCCCUAUCUAGCUCUCCUUUCACAACGAGAAGAAAAACAGAUUUGUGCAAUUUUCAGGACUACACACUACAUUCCGACAUUCCUUAUACCGGUUUUUGAUAUACUUAUGAGUAUAGAUGAAUAUAAAUAUAUAUAUAUAUAUAUAUAUAUGUAUGUUUGUUAAUGUUUACAGACAGAUUAUCUCACUUCAUCUCUGUGAGUGGUGUAUUAUUGUUUGUUUGUUUAGGUGUUUAGCAAUGCGCAGAUCUCCUUGUGAAUAUAGUCCUUCUAAUAAGGUGAAUUAUAAUGGCUUAUAGUGUAAUGGUAUGACAUCACAUCAUCAUUACAUGUAAGUUCCAUUCGCAAGUUCCCCAGUCUCACUCUCCAUUGUGUACAUAAUUGGCUCCUAUUGUAAACCACAGAAGAAGAGGGGAGACAUCAGUGUUAUCCACAGCCCCCUUCACUGUAUAUCUAUGGAAACAGAAAUAGAAAGGCAGUUUUGGAGAGGAAGUUGCAUUUCAUUAAAAUUGAGAGGUUGAGCAGCUUACGUUUGGUAAUGAUUUCCUCCUCCUAAGUGAGUAUUGUACAGAUAUGGUCCCAGUCUGUUUGUACACAGUACUGCAGCCCACCUAGAGGGACUCUUAUUUCCCAUACACUGACCUGACAGAUUGGCCCUGUGUGCAGUAAUGUAAGUGAUGGUGUGUGUACUGUACUGUGCACUCAAAUGUUUUGUUUUCAAUUGUUCUGCUAAACCUUUUUAAAGCACUUUCACCAUUUAUUGCUACAUACUUUAGGUACCUCAUAACAUACAUGUAUAUAGUAGAACAUAUGACAUUGUACAUGCUUAAAAUGGAUACCUCUUUUCUGUAGUAAUGUUGGAAUUUUAAACUGUAUUGUAACUUCUGCUAUAGGUCCAACGACAUGAUCCAAAUAUCUUUGAGAGACUGAAAACGUUCUCUGACACAAGUUACUGCCGACAACACUUUCUAUUCUUUGCCCUAGUGGAACGACUAACGCCCUCAUCUUAAUUCAAGGUGUUAAGUACAUUCAGUGGGUAUUUAUUUUCACUUUUUGUAUGACUGUGUGCAUCUCCACAAAUUGGUUUUGUAUAAACAUUCAGUUAAACUUCAGUACAAUGAAAAGAUCAUAUUCUACAAACAUAUACAUGUAUUAUGUAAAGUGUUUUUAAUCUCUCAUCCUCCUAUGACAGAUUUUUAUAAUUAUAUCACACCCUUUUUAUACUAGUUGAUUUAUGUAUCAAAAACACCUAUUGGAAAACCGCUCCCUCCCAAAGUAUUAAGGAACAUAUACUAUGAAACAAUAGGGAGCUUUACAAUUGAUGAUUCUGUGUGUAGUUGUCUUAAUACAUUUAACAUGUUUUCUAUUAGUGUAAUGAUUCCACAAUGUUUAACAGCUGCUCAUAUGCCAGGCUGGCUGUGUUGUGACUCACUUUACUGAUGUUGAAGCAGUUAAAAGCAAGUGAAAAUUGUGAUGUGAAGUAACCGAGCACUUCAUUCAGCCUAAACUCGCAUUAUCAUGAUAAAACUACAAGAUUAGUCUGCUAAUCUGGUCUGAGCCUGUGCUUUUCUCUUCUCUGGUAUGUUACCGACUGAUUAUGAUUAUGCCAUUAUGCCCGUAAAACGAUAGCUCACCCAUAAAGUUUGUCAAACGUUUCUAAACCUCUGUUGUUUAGUGUCAAGCUGUCCACAUUCAACGUCUGUCUUAACAAAAUAUAAGAUUAGAUUGUGCCAAUAUCUUCUAUUCAUUUCGAAUUGAAGCAUGCUGUUUUCUCCUAAUGCAUAAACCAGGUUAAACUCGACAGAAUGGAAUAUGGACUCAGUUAGACUCAAGUAGAAGUAUGGAAACUAUCAAAUUAGAUUUUAGGGUAAACUAACACUUUAAUAGACAUACUGCUCUCAAACCUGCCAAAUUAUCUUUUUUUUUCAGAUAUUCGAUUGAGAUAAUUUCAGUACUGGUCCACACAGCUCAGUAUGGGGUGCAUCAAUGCACUUUUCCAUCUUUUUAACAAACUUUUAAAACUUGAAAUAUAUUUCUUUCUUUACAUUCUUUAUUUUUGUAUUUGUUCAUGUUUUGUACUACAGUGCAAUGUGUUCAAGAACUUCAUGAGUGUUUUACUGAUAACUGAUUUGACAUGGUAGAUGAUAGAUAUUCGGCCUAUUCAUUCUGAGACUCAUUUCAGAUCCUGUACAGGAGUCACUAGUCUAACCUUCUCUAACCGUCACUAAGUGAACAUGUAAACCAGACCGUUGUACACUCACCCCAACACACACCAGCAAUUUGUGUAGAACUGUAUCAUUUUCACCCAAGACUAUUGAAGCACCCCUUCCAUUCUGAAAGAAGCGCAAAUCUGUUCUGAACCUGUUCUUUUAUCUGCUGAGGAUAUAUUUUGUAUGCAUCUUUGAAGCUACUUUGUUAUGUUAAAAACAUCCGUUUGUUAAUGCUCUUUAAUGUCAUUGCAUUGUCUUUUUAUCCUCUUGGUAUCGCACAGAGAUUAUCAAGGCCAAACCAAAUAACCCUUAUUUUUUGCACCUCCUUUUGAACUUACUCACUUUAUACCAGUUGAACUUGAACACAUCAUUCAGCCUGUACAAUGCAGUAUAGUCUGAGUGUGUGUUGCAGGUUGUCAUUCUGUUUGUCACCGACAUUAUCGAUUUGACCCAUGUUUAUACAUGAUCAUAUAGUGGCCAUACUUUAGGAAAGACAGUUGGUUCUCACUGAAAGGGAUGUCAGACAGUAGGGUUACGAAGAUUAAGCUAUCAAAGUAUUAUCUUCCAACACAGACUUUGAAAGUGGCCCUCUCUGAGUCAUAUGUUUCUGUUCUACACCUUUCAGUUAUUGUUUAUUUUGUGCAAUACUAGUUGUUAUUUCUGUCAUUACAUGUGAUUGACAUGCUCUCCCAGAUAUUAGAAGGAACAGUGAUUUCAGAGGAACUCAUUUCACCACAGUCAUGUAGUGAAAGUGCUCUGGUGAAUCUGCUGAGGUUGUACCCAAAGCCAUAUAUUUUAGAGAGUUGGGCCAACUUUUAAAUAUGUAUUAUUGUUCUAAUUCUAGACAUUCAGUUACAUAGCAUUGUUAAUGGCUGCCAUAGAAUAUUGUUGUGUCAUGUAAAAUGCAUCAUAGUUCAGAAACCUCAGUGUCCCAACUCCUAAAUAUAUGGCUCUGGUCGUACCCAUCUCUCGAUGUUGCUUCAAUGAAAAAUUGGAUGAACAAAAAGUGACCAUAUUAUUUGACUGUUCAGCAGCCUGUGUUAUAUUGCAUAAUGUUAAGACUUGUACAUAGAUUGCAUUGAACUUGCAUAGGAUCAUGUUACUGUGGCGUGCUAUUGCCUGUAAAAUGUUGCUUCUAAAUGUGUGUGACUGUGAGGAUGACACUCUUUUUGUACAUGACUGUCUUUUUAUUUCAAACUAUUGAUUCUGUCUUUUCAUUCUAAAUGAGGUUGUGAGGUUGAGUUGGAGCUGAGGAGUUCAGACAUGCCUGAAGUUUGACUUAAAUAAAGCUGUACUGUGUCUCAGUGGAA